GCCCGGCCCAUCGCUGUGGCCGCGCAGGCACCAGGGCAGCGGGCGGCCCGGCCCAGCCCGGCCCCGUGGGGCACCAUGCCGCUGGGGCAGGAGCGGCCCGGCUGGAAGAAGAGGACCGAGGACAUCCGGCGCAUCUACGACUUCCGCGAGGUCCUGGGCACCGGGGCCUUCUCCGAGGUGGUGCUGGCGGAGGAGAAGACGACCCAGAAGCUGGUGGCCAUCAAGUGCAUCGCCAAGAAGGCGCUGGAGGGCAAGGAGACGAGCAUCGAGAACGAGAUUGCUGUCCUGCACAAGAUCAAGCACCCCAACAUCGUGGCCCUGGACGACAUCUACGAGAGCGGCAGCCACCUCUACCUCAUCAUGCAGCUCGUCUCGGGCGGCGAGCUCUUCGACCGCAUCGUGGAGAAGGGCUUCUACACCGAGCGGGACGCCAGCGCCCUGAUCCGGCAGAUCCUCGACGCCGUCAAGUACCUGCACGACAUGGGCAUCGUGCACCGCGACCUGAAGCCCGAGAACCUGCUCUAUUACAGCCUGGACGAGGACUCCAAGAUCAUGAUCAGCGACUUCGGGCUGUCCAAGAUCGAAGGCUGCGGCAGCGUCAUGGCCACGGCCUGCGGGACCCCCGGCUACGUGGCCCCCGAGGUGCUGGCGCAGAAGCCCUACAGCAAGGCGGUGGAUUGCUGGUCCAUCGGCGUCAUCGCCUACAUCCUGCUCUGCGGUUACCCCCCUUUCUACGACGAGAACGACGCCAAGCUCUUCGAGCAGAUCCUGCGGGCCGAGUACGAGUUCGACUCGCCCUACUGGGACGACAUCUCCGACUCAGCCAAAGAUUUUAUCAAGCACCUGAUGGAGAAGGACCCCAGCAAGCGCUUCACGUGUGAGCAGGCCCUGCAGCACCCCUGGAUCGCUGGGGACACGGCGCUGGACAAGAACAUCCACCAGUCGGUGAGCGAGCAGAUCAAGAAGAACUUCGCCAAGAGCAAGUGGAAGCAAGCCUUCAACGCCACGGCCGUGGUGAGGCACAUGAGGAAGCUGCAGCUGGGAACCAGCCAGGAAGGGCCAGGGCAGACGACUCCCACCAGCCCCUGCCGCAGCGACCAGCUGGGGGUCGGCACCAGCAACGGUUCAGACUGCGAGCGCUCGCCAGCGAGCAGGUCUCACCGCUUCCCUCCGGACUGAGCGCGUCCCCGCCGCCGCGCUGCUGCGUCCUCGCACGCCUCGGCACUGCCCGAGCUCCGGGAGCGGGGCCGGGGCGCGCGUGGCUGGGGAGGGGGCCGGGCUGGGGGCCGAGUGCUGCCCCUGGGGCAAGGGCAGAGGUGGCCACGGCAGGGCCCCCCACCAGCAGGGCCGGCAGUGCCGGAGGAGGAGGAGGGUGCCCUUCCUCUGCGCCCCCAGGCCCGGCGCAGGGUGUCCUGCUCGGCCCUUCCCGCAGCCCGGGCCAGGCGCGCCGGGGGGGGGGGUGCUCAGCCCCAGCAGGGCUCCGUGCCAGGGCGGCUGCCCCCACCCCGGGGCGAGCCUCUGCCCCGCCGCCCUGCCGGCUCGGGCCUCCAGCCUGGCUCCCUCCCUCCGUCCGGCUCUGUCCAUCUGUCCGAGCCGCCUCUGCCCCAGCACCGUCCCAGCACUCCCUCCCUCGGCAUGAUCAGGAAGAAUUUUCCAAACGGAUGUUUCUAUUUUAUUGCUUGUAAUAAAGGAAAGAGGCAGAA